AUGACGGAAGCAACUCGCAUGCUGGACUUGUUCGAAGCUGGGACGCGGAAGCAGAUGAAUGCACCGAAGAAAAAGUACAACACGCGGUUCCUUCAGGGCUUGGAGUGGAAGAUUCUUGAUGCGGAUGCGGUUGCCUGGGGAUGCUUUGAGGUGCGUGAAGGGAACUGUUCAGAAAUCUGUAACCCGCCCGAACGAAUCGCAAGUGAAUCGUACAUGGGCUACCUCUAA